CUUCCAGAGUCCAGACUCCCAAAACCCGCGCCGGUCGUCCAGCGCGGACUCCGGAGCUUACGCGCGCCGCUCCUCUGUCCACCGUUUCUUCGAUAAACCUCUCCGAGGAUCUCGAAUCCGAUGCCCUUCUCGAUCCUUGCCCAUCCUUCUUCGAUCCUUCCUCGCGGACUAGGGCAACGAAUCGAGAGAGCUCCUCGCCCCCCACUCGUCUCCUCGGAGGUUUCUUUGUUUGCAAGGAAAUCCACGCGGGUUUUCGCCGGAUUUUCGAUCUCGGGAGGCCAAUUCUGGCGUGAACGACGUUUCGAUUCGCUCCGAACUUCGCCGUUGGAAGAACAGCAGGACAAACUAGGUGAACAUUGUAUCAAACUAGAUAAGUUUUUCGGGUCUAAGACUGCUCCACAGUGUGGGAUGGCAAAAAAGGUAGAAUGGCCUGUGUAUCUUUAUAUCCCCAACAUCAUUGGAUACAUACGGAUUAUUGCAAAUUGCAUUGCAUUUGCACAUUGCUUUUCUGAUAAGAAGGUUUUUGCAGCUCUUUACUUUGUAAGCUUUGUAUGUGAUGAGUUAGAUGGCCGGUUUGCACGCAUGUUUAAUCAAGUGUCAACUUUUGGAGCAGUCCUUGACAUGGUUACGGACAGGGUAAGCACCGCUUGCCUGCUGGUAGUCCUUUCCCACUUUUACAGAUCAUGCUUUACUUUCUUUCUGGCGCUGCUUGCUUUGGAUAUUGCAAGCCAUUGGUUACAGAUGUACAGUACUUUCCUGUCAAGCAAGACUAGCCAUAAAGAUGUGAAGGACAGCACUAGUUGGCUGCUUAGAGCGUAUUAUGGGCAUAGGUUAUUCAUGGGCUACUGUUGCGUUGGAUCAGAGAUUUUGUACAUCAUACUCUUCCUUGCUUCUGGGAGCCAAUCAGAAAGUGUGAUUGAUGUUCUUGUGAAUAAUGUGAGGAAUAAAUCGAUGUUCUCUCUUCCAAUUCUUGUAGCAUUGCCUGGAUGGGCUGUUAAGCAAGUAGUGAAUGUAAUACAGAUGAAGACUGCAGCAGAUGUUUGUGUACUCUACGAUACCAACAGGAGAGAGAGACCUUGAGGUUCUGGCACAUAACUGUCUCGUGCUUUGUCCGAUCUAAUGUGGAAAAUUUGCAAGCGGUUAUGCAAGAUGAACCAAAAAAAGAGCAAGGGAAUCCUAUGAAUUUUUUGUGGAAGCAGAAUCCUUUUUGUGCAUUACUGUUCGACUGAUUUUUGUUUGUAUAGAGAUUUUAAUAGUCGGUUGUAUUAUGUUGACAAAUUUCUAGAGUUCAAACAUGAUUGACAUUGAAGGUUUUCUGCCUUUUUUCUUGCAUGGACACGACACGAUUAUGCCCCUCUUAAUCUGCAAUUGUACUUUGAUGGUGCAGAUUCACUAAAAUGGUAAAUGGGGUCAUCUUGGGCUUUA